AUGUUUUCCUCUAAUCAAACAUUUUCUUCCGUCAACUCAUCAUAUGCAUCAUUGCAAAUUGACGAAUGGAAUGCAGUACAACAAAGAUUUAUUAAUCAACUCCCUCUUGUCAUCACUAUUCUUGGUCUUAUUGGAUUUAUUGGCAAUUUCUUUACAUUUCUCCAGCCUGCUCUUCGCAAUAAUUCAUUUUGCAUCUAUACGUUGUUAGCUUCGUUCGUCGAUAUUAUCAAUCUGUUUGUCAACCUGUUUCCACUGUAUCUCAAUCCAUCUGCAGGCAAUCUCACGGCGACCAUCACCAACGGAUUGAUAUGUAAAUUGAAAAUCUUCGGUUUGAUGUUUUUGCCUCAAUUAUCGUUGAAUCUGUUGAUACUAUCUCUCAUUGAUCGGUACGCAUGUACUUUUGGUCCAACAACUCGAUUGUACCAACUACUUCAAUUGAGAACGGUUCCAAGACUGGUUUUAAUCACUGUAAUCAUCACUUGUGUCUUAUCAUUCUUUUCUCCGUUAAUGUAUGAUGUUAUUCCCGGUUUUGGAUGUGUCACAAAAUAUACCAUAGCAAAUCCUAUGAUUUACACCGUUGUCCAUGGCAUCGUAACUCCAACGACAAUGCUAAUCUUUGUAUUUCUCACUUAUCGAAGAUUCGUACAAAGGCGAGGGCGGAUUGGUGUAGUGGUCGUUACAAAUAAGGAUCGUCGUCGAAAUCAGUUCAUCGGAACGGUAUUUACUCAAGUAUUUGUUAGCAGUUUCUUUGUAUGGUUAUGGACUGGAACGUAUUGGUACUUUUUGACAAUACAGAAUAGCAAACGAAGUGCAGAGGAAUGGGCAAUCGUUAACUUUUUGUUGAGUUUAACGAAUAAUCUAUACUACUUGAUUAAUGUGAGAUCAUUUUAUUUAUCAACAUUAACAUCUCGUCUCUUUCGCGAGACAAUGGUUGCAAGUUUUUUGAAGCUAUUACGUCGAAAUUUUCAUUGA